AUUAGUGCGAGAGGUGUCAUCUCUAUAGUUGCCCUCAUGCGCAAUUUAACGAUGUGCUGGGUUGUUUCCGAUGAAUUGUUCCCAUUGGAUCGUUUUUCCGAUUUAUUCCCGUGUAUUAAUUGAUUUAGCUCGAUAAAAAUGAUUUUCUGGUGGUCUUUCUAAUUGCGGGUUGUCUCCUGCUGGAUGUGUCACAAUAGCUUCACGAGUUUAUCAGAUUUGAAGAUGAUGCGAGCAAGAUUGCUCCCAAUGUGCAUGGUUUUCUUUUAUUUGGACUCUUCUUUAAAGGUUCAUUCCUUUACUGUGCAAAGACGGGCCGCCCGCCAGGCUUUAGAUUACGUGGCUAAAAUUGAGAACCUUGGAAACUGCAGUCUAGGAACGGGGGAGUCCCUGGACCUGAUUUACGACCACACCGUUUGGAAUUCCUACGCGCUAGCUGCCGUGCGACUAGCCAAUUUUAUCAGUAAAAUCAUCACCACGAACAACAACAGCCUUGCUUCUCUCUCCGACGAAGUCCUUUUUGCUCUGGUUCGGAACAACGUUCACUUGAAGUCCUUCAUAUUCGGUUCCGGAAUCCCAUUCGAACCCCAUCCGUCCUUGCGCUAUCCGCUCUUUUGUCCUUACGCAUACAGGAACGAGAAUAAGACGAAAGUACUCACCAAAGAUCUCGCCGUGGAGUACAACUACACGGACCCUAGUACCGAGUACUAUCAGGUACUAAGGUAUAAGGACUUCAGCAACAUCUCCAUCGUUACGGAUAAAGUAUAUUUCAGGUCUGGAGACGCACUCCUGCCUGCGGUAGACAUCGCUCAGCCUGUGGCGGACAUUGACGAUGGUCACUGGACCAAGCCGUACUUUGACUGCGGAGGGGGAAACAUCUGGAUGGUGACGUACUCCUCUCCAAUAUUCGGACUGGAGCAGGACCAGAAGACAGUCAUUUUCAGGGGUGUGGCAACAAUUGACAUCGAGCUGACCAGCAUUGAUAUCAACCAGUGCGAUCUGAGCAAAACACCAAAGGAGAGAGCUACAUUCGAUGUCUUCAGGGGCACCCAUCUCUGCCAGCCGUCCACGGAGUGUGAAUUUACGCCUGGUGCCGGUUUUCGUCGUGGAGCUUACAUUUGUAAAUGCGCAAAAGGAUACUUCUUUCCGAACAGCAACGCAGAGGAGAAAUUUUACAAAGGUUAUGAUAUCGAGGCAGAUGUAGACUCCGCUCUCAACAACAUGACGUCACUAUACAAGUACAGUUGCACCCGAUGUGCACCGGGCUGUGAUGUUUGCAUUGAUAUGUCGCCGUGUCUGUUCACAAGAAAUGUUGUUAUCAAAGUGCUUAUUCUGAUCUUAACAUUCAUCGUCAUCGUCUUCAUCAUUAUAGCAUCGGGUAUCAUUUUCCGCUUGAAAGAAAGCAAGGCGAUAAAGAGUGGAAGUCCUAUAUUUCUCCUAUUGAUGUCCUUAGGAGGGAUAUUAAUGUGCUUGCAGUUAUUUGUGAUGUUUCCCGAUGCUAAUGAAGUGCUGUGCAUGUUGCUGCCGUGGCCUUACCAUUUAGGUUUCGUAUUGAUGUAUGGGGCACUCCUGUUGAAAACCUGGAGAAUAUCAAUAAUAUUUCGAAAAGGACAGUUUAAAAAAGUACACCUACCUGACAGAACUUUAUUACGUCAUAUGGCAAUGAUCAUGGCCGUUGCUUUCGGGUAUCUAGUAGCUUGGACAGCUGCCAACAAAGAUUUUUCCCAAAUGAAAAAGACAUCAUCUGGGUUGAAAUUCGUAAUGUGCACAGAAAACUGGUGGUCUUACUCCGCUUACGGAAUGGAAAUAGUAAUGUUGCUGUUCGGGGUAUAUCUUUGUUUUACGGUGCGCAAAGCCCCAGCCACGUUCAACGAAAGUAAACACAUCACGUGGUCAAUUUACAACGCCAUCCUCCUCAGUACUUUCAUUUUGAUUGUCAACUACUUUACCGCAGAAACAGUCGGCCCCGAUCUGAUUUAUUCCAUGACCUUCUUGAAUUGUCAAGUUGUUGUCACAAUGACAUUAGUGCUGAUAUUUGUUCCCAAGUUUUACGCUGUCUAUAUGAAGAUCGAGAUAAAGCGACGGGACAGUUUGCCGACCGUCACUGGUAAAAUGAAAAGUCGGUCCAGCAGCAGUCAGCAUCGGUCCAUUGCUGUCCAGACAACGCUAAAUGGAGAAGAUUUGGCAAGAAAGAACGUUCGGACAAGAGAACUCAAGAUAUCACAUUCUCUAGAUUUAUCAACGAAUGGAACAUUGAGCCCUUUAUUCAAAAAUGGAAAUAAAAAUUAAAUUACU